UCAAGACAAGUACCUUAUGAACUUACUCGAGUUACUACUGUACCUCCAUAUUCAUCAGCAGUUAUUUCUUAGUGAAUACUCAGUUUAGCUUACUAAUCACACUCUCCAUCAUCAAAGCCAUCUCAGAGAUUGAGAUGUGGUGAUCAAAACUAGGAGAAAUGAUGAGGAAUCUAUCAAGAGAGACCACGUUCACUCAAUUUCACAAGGCUAGACCUUUCUUUGGUGUUGUUUACAUACAAUUUGGUCUUGCAGGAUUGAAUAUCCUCUUUAAAGCUGCAUUAAAUGAAGGGACGAGUAAUUAUGUGUUCAUAGUCUACCGCCAUGCCAUAGCUGCCAUUGUAAUUUUUUCCCCUUUUGCUCUCUCUCUCUCUCUCGCCCCAGAUAUGCAUAAGGUGAACGAAGCAGCCAAUAAUUUGUUCCACAGGAAGAAAAGGCCCAAGACCAAAACCUGUACUUCCUGGGGUUGAAAUACACAACGGCAAAACUUGCAGCAUCUAUGUGCAACAUUCUUCCUGCUGUUACAUUCCUCAUGGCCUGCUUACUAAGGCUCGAGAAAUUUGAGAUAAACAGCAUCCACAGCCAAGCCAAGGUAGCUGGCACUGUUGCCACAGUGGCUGAAGCCAUGCUUGUGACCCUAUUAAGAGGUCCAGUUAUAGAGCUGCCAUGGACAAAAGAAAGCAGCAGCAACCAUGGACACCAAAGACUUGAAAUAAAUAUUCAGAAUUCAAUCAAACGUUCCCUAAUGAUGACAAUUGGAUGUUUCUGCUGCGCUUCCUUCACACUAUUGCAGGCGAUCACACUAAAAACGUAUCCUGCUGAACUCUCUCUCACUGCUUGGAUAUGCCUGUUCGGAACAGCUGGGGGAGCGAUGGUGGCACUAGUAAUGGAGAAGGGAAAAGCUGCAGUCUGGUCUAUAAACUGGGACACUAAAUUUCUUGCAGUUUACAGUGUAAGAGCAACAUAUUAAAAGGGGGAAUUUACUUCAAAUUAUUUUGGAUAGUGAAAUGAGACUUUGAACUCGACCAAUUUGUUGGAUACACAAGAUAAUAAUACUGAUGAGAUCUAAUUGGACUAUAAUGAUGUCUGGCAUACUGGAAUAGAUAGUACUUGAUGAAUAACUCAAAGUUUGUCAUAUAUCUCUUUUAGUUAUGUCUAAUCAAGUCCAGUUCAGCAUACCAAACAUGCUAAAGGGUCAAGGGCAAUCAAAUAAUCCUUAAAUCGACCAUCAACUUUCCCAAGACUCCAAAUAUUUUAAGUCGUAAAAUGGAUGACUUGUACAUAAAUGGAAUCAUUAUGACAGAGAACAGCUUACUAGAAAACAUUGCAGGGAAAAGUUUCUUCAGGACUUGCUUACUACAUCCAAGAAAUUGUAUUGAAAGACAAAGGCCCUGUUUUUGUAACUGCUUUCGGCCCAUUUAGCUUGGUUAUUGUUGCUGUCCUCAGCUCUUUUAUUUUGGCCGAGCAAGUGUACUUAGGAAGGUGAGUGUGUAAAGCUCCUCCUGAGCCUUAUUUAUAUGCUUAUGAUUUGCUUGGUAGGUUAGUACCCGACAAUAUUAAAAAAUAAAAAAGAAGCGCAAUUCUUCUUUAUCGCGUUGUCCAUUUGAGUACUGCAAUAUGAAGCUACUAUUAUUUCUGUACAGGGUUGUUGGAGCCAUUGUAAUAGUUAUCGG